GAACCGCUGAACGCUUAAGGAUCGUGAUUUGUUUCAGGGCAGCAGGUGUUACAAAAUACCCAUUAAAGACUUAAAGUACUUCAGAAUGACCACAUCAACUGCAACUCCAACUACAAAUGCAACUGCAACUCCAACUACAAGUACAACUCAACAAACAGAAGUUGGAUCAUCCUCUCAAGCUGCAUCUCACACAAAUGAAUCUGAAACUGCAACUCCAACAAGUAAAGGCAGAGCUGAAGCAGUUGAAGUUGGUGAUAGCAAAAAGAAGCACGGCAGAGUGAGAUCAUCUGUUUGGUUGGAAAUGACUAGGAUAGAUGAUGAAUGGGCUGAAUGCCGUUAUUUCCACAAUAAAUACAAAGCUCACAAUGACAAUAAUGGCACUUCUGGAUUGCGAAAGCAUUUGAAUAGAUGUCUAAAGAAUCCUAACAGGAAGAAAGAAAAGGGACAACCAUCUCUGUUGAUGCCACCCCCAAAACCAGGACUGGAAACUGCAGAAGAGAAUACUCAUGUUUUGUCAAGUUGAAGGUCACACAGGUAUUGCAAUCGGUGAGAAGUUGGUGGAUUGUUUGGAAGAUUGGGGUCUAAAAGAUGUGUUUGGUGUCACUCUAGACAAUGUCAGCGCCAACACAGUAGCUAUGGAUCAUCUGAAGCAAGUUGUUACUAGCUGG